AUGGAUGACAACGGAGCUUCUGGUCGUCUACGCCCUCUACUACCCGGCCCAGCUCGCGAAGGCCCUUCUAGCUCCAAGCCUCCAUUCAAUAUUGACAUUCCCAGACGAAGUUUUACCAAGAACGCCUGUCAAAGUUGCAGACAGCGCAAGGCAAGGUGUGAUGGCCAAAGACCCAAAUGCUCAGCUUGUACUACUGGUGGGCGCGAAUGCCAAUAUGUCAGUCGCCCUUUUGAGGCUGAGGUUGCCGUCCUGAAGAGGGAGAACGAAGCACUAAAGGAGCGCCUGACCGGGCAUGAGAACCUUUACUCGUAUCUGAUGACCCGGGAGCCUCACGAGACGGAUGAGAUUCUGCGAAUGAUACGUGCUGGACAGGACGUCAGGACGAUCACUGGAGACAUGCAGGGAGUGGAUGCGACAAUGCAGAGCAAUACCUCUACGAUAUCCAGACAACAGAUGAAUCCUCUAAUACGGAACAACAGUGCCAACAAUUCGAACAGUACUAAUACAUCCGGAAGCGCCAAACAACCUAGACUCACGGCCCUACACGACCAUCCUGAUCGUAUCUUUGAGGAGACUUGGCGAGAUACUCAGCGAAGACCUUCAGACGACGUAUUCGUUGAUCUCCCAGGAUAUACACUGCCGAUUUCACGAUGGACAAGCGCAAACCAAGAUGACAAGCUCUUGAACCACUUGUUGUUGCUAUUUUGGGCAUGGGAUACUGUGUGUAACCGCAUUAUUGACCGAACCAUUUUCGAGGAAGACCUCAAGAAACUAGAUCCCAAGACUACAAGCGCGCCCUGGGAACUUCGCUUCUGCUCUCCAUUCCUCGUCAAUGCCCUCUUAGCCGUUAGCUGCCUGUACUCUACCAGCUCAGCAACAUUCAGCGUACCUGGUGAUACCAGUACUAGAGGCCGCGGGUUCGCCGAGGAGGCUAAACGGUGUCUAGAACUUGAAGGCACGCGUCCUAUGUUGCCAGUUGUGCAGGGCCUGGCGCUGAUGUAUGUGUAUGAAGGUGCUCUGGGCGAUGGGAAUACUGCGCUUGAGUUUCAUAGACUUAUGCACCAGCGCUACAUGGAGCUUCGGCUUGAUGACAUACAUCGUUCAACCGACACAGCCAUUGCUGGUUCUAGACAACGUGCUGAAGCCCAUGCCUUAUCCUGGAUACAAUGGGGGUUCUAUGUCUUGGAUUGGAAACCAAUGCACGGUCUCUGUCGCCGUUAUGUGAUCAAAAGGCCCACCCGGGAGAAAACGUGGCAGCAAGAUACGACGCCACUGAACAGAAAGGAGAGUCCCGAGUAUUGGUGGUUCCCUUACCCCGUGUCUGUGGAGCCCCAGCGGUCUCUGAAGCGUGAAAUAUUUGAUGUCGAGUGCACUUUCGCUGAGAUUACGGAGAAAGUGCACGAGUUCAUCAUCCCUAUAGAGCAAGGAGUUCCACUAUCCUUGAAUACUGAACGGGCGGCCGAAUUGUACUCCCAACUAAUGGAGUGGAAGUUCUCUCUACCGGAACCCCUGAGGGCUGAGAACGCGGUUCUUCCCGCUGCUAUAUUGCUGCAGUGA